AUGAACUUCUCCUGGCUGUCUGUCUUCAUCUUGGCCAUCAUUGCUGUGGCUGUUUCGGCCGGAAAAUGUAAAGCUCCAUUUAAGAAGGAGGGACCUAACUGCGUGGUCGAUCGUGUAAUUCGCGGAGAAUGCCCACACGGAUCGCAAUUCAGUGCCAACAUCAACAAAUGUGUCUACAAAAAUUAAAACAAAAAGUGUAAAACUAAAGGCUUAGUAAAAUGGAACUACUUGAAAGAAAAA